AGGACUUGUAAAGGUGGGGCGGGAAGAAUCUGGUCUCCCUGCUGAGAUCUGAUUUGAGUUCUCGGGCGCAACCGGCGUUUAAUGCGGACGAAAGCUCGCGCUCGAGCGAGGUGCGUCGACGGGCGGGAGGAGAAUGGCACGGGCUUUAGUGCUUCAUAGGAGAAAACAAGUACUUGGCUUUCUUAAGAGGCGUCGGGCACAUUGCGCAGGAAUUUUUUGACUGUCCCUCAAAAAUACUAGUUGGCUUUUUUGAAGGGAUAUCAACCCAUUUACCUCUAACGGUAAAGAAAACGGAAACGAAAACCACUGGAUUUUAGAAGCUCUGACCGAAGACAAACAGAUGGUUUUGGAUAUGGGCUUUGCGGAGUUGGUUGCCUUCAUUUCAAGCACACCUUUGCUUCAAGAGAAUUUUGUGUGAACCAAUGGAGCACAACGGAACAGCAACAUGGGAAAAUAUUACUAGUGAGAAAAUUCGGUUCCUUUGACCCUCAGUGCUUGAAGCAGGACUGGCGUUCCUACUGCGAGGUGUAAAAACCUGAUUUACAAUGGAAAAACUGCUUGUCUGCCUGUUGGUUAUUGGAAUGGCAGUGAAGGCCCAGAUCUGUCCAAAGCGCUGUGUCUGUCAAGUUCUGUCCCCCAACCUCGCUACACUCUGUGCCAAAAAAGGGCUGCUCUUUGUACCACCUAAUAUUGACAGGCACACUGUGGAGCUCCGACUAGCUGAUAACUUUGUCACCAGUAUCAAACGGAAAGACUUGGCCAACAUGACCAAGCUGGUGGAUCUUACUCUAUCAAGGAAUACAAUAAGCUACAUCACUCCACACGCAUUUGCAGACCUGGAGAACCUACGCGCCUUGCAUCUUGACCACAAUCGGUUGACGCGAAUAGCCAAUGACACCUUCAGCGGCAUGUCCAAGCUGCAUCACCUGAUUCUGAACAACAACCAAUUGACCCUCAUCCACAUGGGAGCCUUUAAUGACCUACUAGCCCUAGAAGAACUGGACAUAUCCUACAACAACCUUGAGACCAUCCCUUGGGAAGCCAUUCAAAAGAUGACCAGCCUUCAUACUCUUAGCCUGGACCACAACAUGAUCGACUACAUUCCUGAAGGGACAUUCUCCCUCCUACAGAAGCUCAAUCGCUUGGAUGUGACCUCCAACAAACUCCAGAAACUUCCACCAGACCCGCUUUUCCAGCGAGCACAGGUUCUGGCUACGUCUGGAAUUAUGAAUCCCUUUUCAUUUGCCCUGAGCUUUGGAGGAAACCCAUUACACUGCAACUGCGAGCUUUUGUGGCUUAGGCGACUCAAUCGUGAGGACGAUUUAGAGACUUGUGCCACACCCUUACACCUCUCUGGACGCUACUUCUGGUCCAUUCCUGAGGAGGAAUUCCUCUGCGAGCCGCCCCUCAUCACCCGCUACUCUCAUGAGAUGAGGGUUCUUGAGGGCCAGAGGGUAGUGUUGAAGUGCAAGGCCAGGGGAGACCCUGAGCCUGCCAUUCACUGGAUAUCUCCCGAGGGGAAGUUAGUUGCCAACUCAUCACGAACACUCGUUUACAACAAUGGCACGCUGGACAUCCUGAUAAGCACAGUAAAGGACACAGGCUCUUUCACAUGCAUUUCCUCAAACCCUGCUGGGGAAGCCCACCAGAUUGUGGAGCUGGUCAUUAUCAAGCUUCCACACAUUAGCAACAGCACCAAUAACAUUCAAGAACCAGACCCUGGUUCCUCUGACAUCUCCACGUCUACAAGGGCUGGAGCAAAUGGUAGUAACCACACUAGUGAUGCUAAGACCAGCCCUGAUAAGAGGGUGGUAAUAGCUGAAGCGACUUCAUCCACUGCACUCAUCAAAUUUAACUUUCAGAGGAAUAUACCUGGAAUACGCAUGUUUCAGAUUCAAUAUAAUGGAACCUAUGAUGACUCCCUUGUUUACAGAAUGAUUCCCCCAACGAGUAAGAACUUUCUGGUGAAUAAUCUGGCUGCCGGGACUCAGUACGACCUCUGUGUUCUGGCUAUUUAUGACGAUGGCAUCACCUCUCUGACGGCUACACGUGUUGUAGGCUGCGUGCAGUUCACCACUGAGUCUGAAUAUAUGCGCUGCCACUUCAUGCAAUCCCAGUUCUUGGGUGGCACCAUGAUCAUCAUCAUUGGAGGCAUAAUUGUCGCCUCUGUCUUGGUCUUCAUCAUCAUCCUCAUGAUUCGCUAUAAAGUGUGCAACAGUGGCGAUGCUGCCAAAGGUACCUCUGUCAUCGAAAUGCACUCACAAACCAACGGGGCACAGUCACAGGGCUGUACCAUCACACCCUCUGUGUCCAAGCAAGGUGCUUUGAGCUUAGAAGGAGGCGAUGGAUACCAAAAGAGCUCUGCUCCUCCACUUCCUCCUCCCGAUUCCCAAACCCACAUUUCGGAGACCUCCAUCCUGGACUGCUCCACCACCACUUCCAUAGAAAGCCAGAGCUGGACAACACCCGGCUCCUCAGGGUCACUUAAGCCAAAGCGCAAACCAGCGCCAAAGCCCGUCCCUUCGGCCAGCGCUGAGCCCAAGGUGGAGGCACUACCCAACGCAGAGACGCAAAACACAAACCGCAACAACUCCACUGCCCUGCAGCAGCCCCUUCUACCUGCCCCCACCCCUACACCCCCAUCCUGCUUCAAAAACACCCCAAUCUUGAGGAGAGCACACCCCUCUGUGUCCAAGUAUAUGACACUGCCUGUCGAAAGAGUGCGGUCUAAACGCAGGUACUCUUUGAACGAGAACCUCUCAAAACAUCAAUGCUAUAUUGGCUCGCUGAAGUUCGGGAACACGUUUUGCAAGCGGAGUAUGUCGAUGAAUGGAAUGCUAGUCCAAAAGGAAAACUCAGCUGAGAAAACCACAUUUUCCAAUUCAGAGUGGAUUCUAGAGAGCACAGUGUGAAUGUACGAUGCAGGAGGAGUGCCUGCAUCUCACACUUUUGUCUUCAUUCGUUUGUUUAUGUAUGUAUGUGCAAAUAGGCAAAUACAUUGGCCCCAUAAAAUAUUUGGAUAUUUAAAGGGAUCACUCACCCAAAAAUGAAAAUUAUGUUAUUGUUUACUCAGCCUCAUGUCUUUUCAACCCUGCUAUGGAACACAAAAGGAGAUUCUUAUUCACUUUAAUUGUGUGGGAAAGAGCAGCGCCAACAUUCUUCAACAUUUCUUCUCUUGUGUUGAAAGAGAAGUGAAAAGAAAGUAAGCUGUAAGAAGUUUGGAACAAGAUGAGGGUAAGCAAAUUACAGCAGAACAAUCUCUUUUAACUUCAUUGCAUUUUAUAGCAAAGUAUCAAACCUAGUGGUAUCUACAAUGAAAAGAUGCUCAACAUUUUCUCAGAACUAACUUUACUUUUGUUAUUUUUUAAUUACUAAACCAACUGGUCCCAGGGUAACAUUUAGUGGAUGUUCCCCUCACGUAUACAGUGUUGCACAUGUGCAGUUUAUCACACUAAUUAUGGACAUGUUCCACUAAGAUGAAAGUGUAUUUGUAAUAUUUGUCUUAAUUCUGGACACCAUAUCUAUUUAAAA